UGAAGAUCAGAAAGCUGAAAGCUGGGCCAGAGGACUGAUAGAUUGACGAGAGUCCGCUAGAAAAUGCACCUUCCUCGGCAUCGGAAUUAAUUUGGCGGUCCACAACUGAAAAAAAAAAACAAGUUCUGAGCCGUUCUGGACCUGGAGUGCGUGUGCGAUGUAUACAUUUCAUCAAAUGGAUUGAUCGGAGAGGGGACAUACCUCGGGAUUUAAAGAGGACCAGGGAAUAGCUUUCAUGAAUGUUUGGGAGCCUUCAGGUAGCAUCGACAUUUUUGUGAAAAAGGAAGUCUCAGCCCUCCGCGUGAAGCCAUGGGCCCGAGAGCUCAGCUCCUCCUCAGCCUGGUGCUUCUGACAGCACCGCGCCUCUGGGCGGUCAGCUUCCCUGAAGACAACGUCCCCAUUGACACCAUAGACUACCACUACUCAAAGCAGUAUCCCGUAUUUAGAGGCCGACCUGCAGGCAAUGAAUCUCAGCACAGACUGGACUUUCAGCUGAUGACGAAAAUUCAAGACACGCUCUUCAUUGCUGGCAGAGAUCAGGUCUACCUUGUAAGUUUGCGAGAGACAUACAGGACGGAGAUCAUACCUUAUAGGAAAUUAACCUGGAGGUCGGGCCAAGCCGACCGGGAAACAUGUGCCAUGAAAGGAAAACACAGAGAUGAAUGCCAUAAUUUCAUAAAAGUGCUGGUACCCAGAAACGAUGACCUGGUGUUCAUUUGCGGGACAAACGGGUUUAACCCCAUGUGCAGAUACUAUCGGUUGGACAACCUGGAAUUUGACGGCGAAGAAAUCAGCGGCCUGGCGAGGUGCCCGUUCGACGCCAAGCAGACCAACGUCGCCCUCUUUGCUGAUGGAAAGCUGUACUCAGCCACAGUAGCUGACUUCCUGGCCAGCGAUGCGGUCAUCUACCGCAGCAUGGGAGACGGCUCCGCCCUCAGAACCAUAAAGUACGACUCCAAGUGGUUAAAAGAACCACACUUCCUGCAUGCUGUGGAUUAUGGGAAUUAUGUGUACUUCUUCUUCAGGGAAAUCGCAGCCGAGCACAAUAACUUGGGAAAGGCUGUGUAUUCCCGAGUGGCACGCAUAUGCAAGAAUGAUGUGGGCGGGUCCCAGCGCGUGCUGGAAAAACACUGGACCUCCUUCGUUAAGGCACGGCUGAACUGCUCCGUUCCGGGGGAGUCGUUCUUCUAUUUCGACGUCCUGCAGUCCAUCACCGACAUAAUAGAAAUCAAUGGAGUGCCUACCGUGGUCGGCGUGUUCACCACACAGCUGAACAGUAUCCCUGGCUCGGCGGUUUGCGCCUUUUCGAUGGCGGACAUUGAGAAGGUAUUCAGGGGGAGGUUCAAAGAACAGAAAACUCCCGACUCUGUUUGGACGGCUUUCCCAGAAGACCGGCUGCCAAAGCCCAGGCCGGGCUGCUGCGCGGGACAUGGCCUGGCAGAGUCUUACAAAACCUCCAUUGAUUUCCCAGAUGAAACUCUGCUUUUCAUCAAAUCCCACCCACUCAUGGACUCGGCCGUGCCGUCCGUCAACGAGGAGCCCUGGUUCACCAAGACCCGCGUCAGGUACAGGCUGACCGCCUUGGCUGUUGACAAUGGCGCCGGCCCCCACCAGAACUACACAGUGGUUUUCAUCGGCUCAGAGGCUGGCAUGGUCCUCAAGGUCCUGGCUAAGACUUCACCGUUCUCCUUGAAUGACAGCGUGCUGCUGGAGGAGAUUGAUGUCUUCAACCGAGCUAAGUGCCUGUACAACAGCGAGGAGGACCGCCGAAUCCUCUCCCUCCACCUGGACAAGGAGACCCACGGGCUGUUUGUGGCCUUCUCCAGCUGUGUGGUCAGAUUGCCCCUCAGCCGCUGCGAGCGCCACGGCUCCUGCCACAAGUCCUGUAUCGCCUCUCGGGAUCCUUACUGUGGGUGGAUGCCGCAUGGAUCCUGUGAGAAGAUUCCGCCUGGCCAACUAUCUGGGUUCGAGCAGGACGUGGAGCACGGCAACACGGCGCAGCUGGGCGACUGUCACGAAUUUUUGGCUACUACAUCUACGCCAGAUUACAAAUCAUUUGGCGACCCAACAUCUGACAUGGAGUUGUCAUCACCUUCAGUCACAACAGUGGCAACUGGCCCCAUAGAGUCACCCAAAAUCAUUGCCACUCAGACACCUGAACUGUUUGGUUCAAGGAAAUUUGUCCUCCAAGAUGACCCAGCCACUUCACAUUCUUUUGAGUCAUUACCAGGUGUCCCGGAUGGUGUGUGGGAGGUGCAGUCAGGAGAGUCCAACCAGAUGGUGCACAUGAACGUCCUGAUCACCUGUGUGUUCGCUGCCUUCCUGCUGGGGGCGCUGAUCGCGGGCAUGGUGGUGUACUGCUACCGUGACGCCUUCCUGCGGAAGCCCAGGAAGAUCCACAAGGACGCCGAGUCUGCCCAGUCCUGCACGGACUCGGCUGGCAGCUUCGCCAAGCUCAAUGGCCUGUUCGACAGCCCGGUGAAGGAGUACCAGCAGAACAUGGACACCCCCAAGCUUUACACAAACCUGCUGAGCAACGGGAAGGACAUGGCACCGAACGGAGACACGAAGACCAUGAUACUGAGCGGCCAGUGUCAGCCUCCCGAGCUGGCAGCCCUCCCAACGCCGGAAUCCACACCUGUUCUCCAGCAGAAGGGCCUGCAGCCCAUCAAGAACCAGUGGGAGAAGGCCCACAGCAAAAUGAACUCGUCCCGCCGCGAGUCCCCGCCAAAAAGCCCCCAGUACUUUCCCUCCAGUCCACCUCCGCACUCACCCCCAGGACACGCCCACAUACCCAGCGCCGUCGUUCUUCCCAACGCCACUCAUGACUACCGGGCCUCCUUUACCAACGCCCCUGACGUGCUGCGCUCUGAGAGGAAAAUUCAAAACACGGACCCGGCCGCCAGCUCCAGAUCCAGCCGGAAGGAUCACAGGCGGUCCGUGGACGCCCGGAAUACCUUGAACGACCUGUUGAAACAUUUGAACGACAGCAACAGCAACCCUAAGGCUAUCCUCGCCGACGUGCCCAAGUCUCGCCAGAACAUGAUGCUGGACCCUAUGGUGAGCAUGACGGAGAUACCACCCAAAGUCCCCAGCAGGGAGGCGUCGCUGUACUCCCCUUCGUCCUCCCUGCCCAGGAACAGUCCCACAAAAAGGGUCGACGUGCCCACCACCCCCACCACCCCCACGGGACAGAUGAACACUUUAGAAAGACAGAGGGGCUACCACAGGAAUGCCUCACAGAGGCAUUCCAUAUCAGCCCUGCCCAAAAACAUGAACUCGUCAAAUGGGGUCGUCGUAUCUCGACAGCCCAGCAUGAACAGAGCGGGGUACAUGCCCCCCACACCCCCGUCCCGGUUGGACUCACACGGCAUGCCCGUGGGAGUCCACCCGCAGCCCUCUGUGUCCAGACAGAGCAGCUACAGCGGGCAGGGCUCUCUGCCCCGGACGGGGGUCAAGAGAACGCCUUCCUUAAAACCGGACGUUCCCCCGAAACCAAACGGGUUUGUUCCACAGACUGCACAAAUGAGGGUAGUGAAUAAGUACAGUUACUAACGAGAGUGCACAGCUGGUUUCACUCUGCAGGAGAGCAGAAGGCUUUCAGGUUAAGGCCUGAGGAGGGUUUUCUGAUGGCUGGUGGAAGUCCCGACUGACUGCACAUUCGAAAAGGGAAAUUACAAGUGGCCAAAGAAGCUACUUCGAGGCAGCGUCUCAUCUCUGUUUUUGUUUUACGCCUGUCGAAGCGUAAACCGCAGGCCCGUUCGAAAGUAUUCUUUUCCGAGCCUGAGGACGCAGGGGUGACCCCGGCAUCUGUUGUGCUCGUGUGCGUAGAGCCAGGGAGAGCAAACUGCAUGGAUGAGCUUGACGGUUCAUUUUAUGCAGCUUUGCCAUUCCGGCGUUAAAGAGAUUUAACACGCAAGAAUACUUGAAGAAUGGGUUCCAUUAUUCACUGCCACUGAACACUGUCUUCCCAUUAAAUGUGAACUUAAAACGAAAAACAAGAACAAAUGUAUGCAUUUGUCAAGCCAGUCGAGAGAAAAAAAAAAGAUUCAAAAACAUUAAACGUAUGUGCUGAAUCGCAAACGUAGGACCUUGACUAAAAAUGCAUCCGCGGACCGUUUUUGCAGAGACGGUUUAUCUGGGGCGGAGAGGUGGCCACAGAUGACGGUUAACGCUGUCUGUAAUGUGCACUCAGACAGCAAGAUGCACUUAUAGUGUCCGCUGUGCAGUCAGUCAGUCGAAAAUGGGAACAACUCGUCAUAGUCGUAAAACAAUUACUUUACAAGGUACAUUAAUAUUAGAUUUCCAUGGACAUUAAUGGACAUUUCAUGGACAUUAAUGUGCGGACAUUAAUCAUGGGUUAGCUGUAUGUGUGAAGAAUGUCCAGGGUGCCUAACUCGGACUUCAGUUUUGACUCACUGGGAAUUUACUUAACGUAUUUUGCUGCUAUUGGUUUAAAUGACAAUGUUGUGCAUUUUGGACUCAAAAAGCAUUGCUUCCAUUUUAGCGCUGGCUGUCUUUGUGUGUGCAUUUGGUUUCUCAACGUGUGCCGAGUCACUGGUCUGAAGCUUCAUUACUUAAUCCCAAGGCUAGUCAGGUGCAUAUUUUUGUGCUGUCUGUGUUUGUGGGGAGAGUGUGCUCGCAAUGGAGGUUUACAGUUUCAUAGAAAAAAAGGUGAAUGCUGGCCAUUUAGGGAACAACCUGGAUGACGUGAAAGAAGGACUGGACAAGGCGCUGCUGCUGUGUACGACAGCCUUGCCCUCUGUCCCAUCGAGCCUCUGAACUGCAUGGCUGCCGUGUGUUUUAGAACGGAGGCCCCUGUCUUUGAAGAACCUCAUACCGUGCAUCUCUGUAUGCCAAAAUGCAUGUCUGUCACUAUAGCUUUCGUCUCUGUGCUCCUGAGAACUAAAGAAAAAACAAAACAGAACUGCAUUUGUUCCACUAACAGUUUCCUGCAAAGGGAAGAACGCUGCUUUUAAGUUGCAAACCAUUUCCCAAACAUGAGCGAACCGCAGUGCAGCAGCUUGGAAGACGACCGAACGAUACUUGUGCAAUCGUUAAGAAGAGUAACCAAUGUGUCCCGAAAAAAAAAAGUCAUGCCGGUAAUGACAAUAUUGUGUAUAUAUAUAUAUAAAUACGAAUAUAUAAAUAUUUUUUAGGCGAGUUUACCUGAAUCUGUGCAUUGUGUGCCUUAUUCAAUCAAUGAUCGUAAAUAUUGAAAGUGUUCAUUUUUCUUGAACAUUACACAUCGUGUACCCUUUGGAUAUGAUACGGUGACUUACUGGAGGGGUCGGCCCAGAGAAGAUACUUCCACACAUCUGCAGUUUUGAGAACAGUAAGAGCCGACUUAGUGACAAACAUUCCAUUUCAGGAUACGAGAUCAGAGCAAAACCGUGAUGGCCUCACUUAACCAAUCCGGGGGUUUAUUUCACAGGCUUUUCCCGUCAACGAAAUGCCACUCUUGGCUAUUUGCCAUCUCUGUGCUUUAGCUGGGGUGGUAGUUUGCAACACUGAGGUGCCAUGCAGCAAGCGUGUUAAAAUAACAGGUUGUGAGACAAGGGUUUUCCCAAUUGCAUUGACCCACUGGGGUUGAGUUUUCUGUGCUAACUCGCUGAAGAAGUGCAUCGGUUGUCAAUUUCAGUACUUGUUAAACAUUCAGGAUGAAGUAAAAAGAAAUUCAAGUCAGCUGGGUGUAUGAUCAUUUUUCCAUUAAAUGGCCACACUCAAAUCAAAAGGCAUCGUGGCUAUUCCAAAAAUAGUAUUCCGUUUAGUAAUGGUGUACAGAGAGGAGAGAUAGGUUCCAAUGUGUGGCCACUUUUCCAUUUGGGGACUCUCAUUGGAAAAAAAUAGUUUGAUGAAAAACAUAUUGUUGAUGUUCAGAUUGUAAACAAGAGGCCGUUACUAAAUUUCAGAAUUUCACCACUGUACUGGAAGCGAGAUGCCAGUUGUCUGUAUGAGCCCAAAGUUGCAUUUUGUUUACAAACAAUGAUUGUAUUUUUUUAAAUUGCCUAUUCAUUGAGUUGGAUGUCACUACCUGCUAAUAACCAGUUUUUUGUACAAAGUGAGAGCCGUACAUGUAUUUGAUCCUCAAAGGUCUGUAUUGUUAAGCUGCCUUGUAUAUCGCAGUAUGAAUUCAGUCUCUUAUUUUGACUUCUUAGAGCCUUUACAUUUCAGUCGCAAUGCUUUGUGUGCAAAUAAACCAGAACUGUCAACAUUUUCAUUUUUAAUACUGUGCAAAUUGGCGGCCGGAAAUACGAGUUGUAUGUUUUACAGAGUAUUUUAACGUGUAGAUAUAUUGUAAAACUUGUACUGUGAAUGUGUAAAUAAUUA